AUGAAUUGGUUUGCAGAAACAAAUCUUCAUACUUCGCCUUGGCAAGAUAUUCAUGAGAAAGUUAAGAAUUAUUUUAGCGUGGUUGGUCAUUGUCUUGCAGAUAAAGGCUGUCGUAAUUUUUAUAUUAAUCACCAACACUCCGGUUGUCCUUCGGAUACCGGAUGGUUAACGCCAUUGGGAAUAUGUGUUGUGAAUGGGAAAGUAAAUAUGGA